GCCUGGUGUCAGUGGUGACUGGGGUCCCAGCCCGGCAGCACCACUGAGCGCAGAUAUGAGACCAGCGGUGCUGGUGCCAGCGCUGGUGCUGGUGCUGGGCGCGACGGCAGAAUAUCCAGCGCCGGUGCCACAGAGUAUUGAGCAACAGAAAAGCUCGAUCCUAUUGUCUCUGCCGAACGUUCUUCACGCCGGCUCUGACAUCGGCUGCAACUACCUGUUCAACCUCCGCAACUUCGCCGAACCACUGGAUAAGCUGGCCCUCAACUUCACCACUGACGACAAUCACCCGCUGUUCUCGGUCGAAAAGGACCUGUCGCAGACAAAUGGAGAGAACAAUAUCGACUGCCUUCAAGUUCCGGUGCCGUUGAACCUGACCGACCACAAAGGUGCCAAGGUCUCUCUUGGACUUACCACCAGCCAGGGCCUGUUCACGACAGAAACCAAAAAGAUAAGGCUGAAUGAAGCCACGCCUCCUAUCAAGCUGGUCGUUCAAGACAAGCCACAGUAUCGGCCCGGAGACCACGCCCACUUCCAGCUGAUCCUGCUCGACUGGAGGCUCCGCCCACACCGCGGAACCGACCAGUCACAAACGGUUUCCGAGGCAUGGGUGACUAAUUCUGACGGCUUGCGCGUGGCCCAGUGGAGAGACACACCCCUGAAAUACGGAGUGGCUUCUUUCAAUCUUCACAUCGCAGAGGAGUUUGUCCCGCCUGCAAGAAAACUUUCGACAACUACAGAAGACGGCUCAGUGAUGUCGAACUGGAAAAUACACUACAAAACUGCUGAUUUCUACCACACGGAAAACUUCCAUGUUGGUGACGUGGCUCCUGCGCCCAUUUUCGACAUCGAUAUUACAUCGCCAGAAUCGGUAACCUCUAGACAGAGGACAGUUACCAUCACCGUUUGCGCCAGCUAUAAAUUUGGCGUUCCCCUUGUGGGAGCUUUUGUGAAUGCGGAAAAUAUGGCGCCGAAUACAAUCAACGUAAAUGGUACCUGGAAGGCCUUUGAAAUCACUGACUCGAGGGGAUGUGCAACUCUGGACAUGCUCAUCAGUGAUAAGAACAGACGCGGGCUGUCCUUUGACAUUCCGUUGAACGUCACUGAUCCAGCGUCAGGAGUAGUGGAACAACGUGCUGUCACCAUCAGAAGGGGUAGCAGGGAAAAGGUGCUGGAGCAAGCGGUCACAUUUUGGACGGUGCCGGCCAACCUGAGCCGAACUCUGGUGUACCGAGUUAAAUAUGCCGACGGAGUCCCAGCCACAAAUGAAUUGGUUGAGAUCUGCACUCAGGCCAUGUACUACCCGCCUACUCGGAGCGCGGGCUGGACCGUGCGUGUACCAGGGAACGAGUGGCCGCUAGCCGACUUCACCUAUCUCCUGCCCAGAUAUGAGCUGAACAAGCUCAGUCCGGAGCUCCGUGAAGAGCUGGAGAGUCUGCCACUCCUUUGGAAAGUGAGCCCUGAUUCUAGUAAAGGAACGGCCCGAGAUUGCACGACUGUCAAGACAGACAGCGAAGGUAUCGCCAAGCUGAAGAUGACCGAGUUUGCCCAGAGAGUGCAUUCGGUCAAAAUCACAGCCAAGCGCCAGUCGGACUGGCGAGGCCAGGACGAGUAUCUGUCGGUGAUGACUUCACCAUCCAGCUCCUACCUGGCUCUGGACAUUGCCCAGAUGCCUGUGAAGCUGCCCUGCCAUGGCGACAUCCGCCUGCCGCUGCUCUCCACCCUGCCCAAGGAGUCGCUGGUCGUCCAGCUACAGGUGAUGUCUCGCAACCGCGUGGUGGCUAGUGAGAUUGCUCACUUGGCCACGGACGAGCUGGUUCUGCACAUGGUGCCCGAGAUGAGUCCCAAGACGCGCCUGCUCGUCUACAGCCAGCUCGAGAGUGGCGAGGUGAUGGCAGACACCGUGGAGAUGGAUGUUGAAACCUGCUUCCCCAACGAGGUGACAGCCAGCUGGACUGCCAGCAAAGCUGAGCCCAACGGAGCAGCCGAGCUUGUCGUUACCGCCGAACCGAACUCCCGCUGUACCGUCGCCGUGAAGGACGCCGGUUUGGGCUUGAGGAAGAGGGGUCGUCACCCGUACGAACUAACGAGGGAAGGAGCACUGGACGUGUUCAGAAAUUUGGAUCACAAUCUCCACCCGCCACCAAUGGACCUCAACGACCGUUGCAAAGCUCUGGAGCAGAAACUGUUCGAGUCUCUCCUAAGGGCGGGAGUGAACUCUUCAAGCCUCGACAUUCUGAUCAAGGGAUUCAGUAAUUUGGAUCGGUACCGCGACAGGAAAACAUCGUUCCGCGCACAUCCACACGCGGACACAGCGGAGGUGUUCAGGUGGGCCGGAAUGGUUCCACUGGCCACUGGGAGAUUGCACUUCUCACCCUGUGUGAAGUACGAUUUUCCCCCCUGGAGCGGCUAUUCGCGCUACACCCGCUCCGUGGGUGACUACCCUAUUGGAUACGGACACAGCGGAUCGCACGACCAGGAUGUAUUUUUGGACACCAGGCAGGAUGUGAUUCAUCACGAGUCUCACACACUGGAUGAGCGAGGAAUCGGUCACGUGACUUUACGGCUACCCGGCCGUGCUACAAGAUGGGUGGCCACAGCUACCUGCACCCAUCCUCAGAAGGGUUUCGGCAUCUCUGAGAAGGUCUCGAUCCGGGCGACCAGGCUGCUGUUCGCCGACAUGUCGAUCCCCCACUCGGUGAAGACGGGGGAGGUGUUGACCGUGCCGGUCACCGUCUUCAACAACUACGACUCCCACUUGUCGGUGGACGUCACCCUGGACGACCCAUCUCACAUCUACCACGGUCCUGGGUCCGGUAACGAAGAGGUCACUCAGCAUCUUUGCAUUGCGUCCCACGACACAGGCGUGGCUCGAUGGAAACUACAGUUCCCUGAAUUGGUCAACAGCCGCAAUGAUUCCAGCAGCUACAUCAGCGUCACCGUGACGGAGGACAAGACGGGACGGUGUGGCCGACCCAAUACCGUGCACCCCUCCAGGAUAACAAUUGAAAAGCCAAUCGUGAUUCGACCUGACGGCUACCUGAGAGAGGAUGCAAGGAGUCACCUCAUUUGCCUGGACUCAGGAAAGUAUUACCUACUGUGUUUCGGUCUUUAACUAUUUGGAUGAUAACUAUUUUUCGUCUCUUUUCCAUGUCUGUUUUGUUGAGCGCAUGCGUUUUUAAAUGUUUGUUAUCUCGAGUUGUUGGGGAAAGAAGUUUCAUCAACUAACAGACUCGGACUCAACUAUCAAUUGAUGUUGCAUGAUUUAUUGAAUGUUUCGGCGAGGUAAAGCGAUCCAACAUUUUCUUUCAUUUUAUCGGUGUUUUAUCGCAUCACCUAUGCUACAUACUCACAGCACACAACUAUAACGUGUUCAUUAUUGCUUUGCUCUUCCUUAUAGCCUUUCAUUAGUAAUGUAGAACAAACAAAAAUCAUUUCAAACAUAACAGAAAAUGAACCACCGUUGAUGUAAUGACCUACGUCGUGUAAAUACAAUACAUAUGUCUACUAAAUUGAGCAUUGCACAUUAAAUGUAAAUUGAGUAUUAAGUAACACACAACCUCGAUGUAAGUAUGUACAGCCCUCUGCAAACUGCGUGGUAGGUAUUCUUUUUUCGACAAAACCGAGAAUAACGCGGAUACUAUGCUAUCGGUCAGUCGG